CUUGGUUUGAAGCAACGACACCUGAUGCUGCUUCGCCGUUUAGCGCUGCUGCCGCGAUCGGGUGCUGCAGUGCGACCUCAGCGUAACCACCCCAUCGUCCGAUUUACGGCCACAACGACGACCAUCACGACACCCAUCUUCUACGUCAAUGCGUCGCCGCACCUUGGCCACUUGCAUUCAUCCUUGAUGGCCGACGCACUCAGUCGAUGGUUUCAAUUCCGCAACGAACCAACGCUGUUCACGACAGGCACAGACGAGCACGGGUUAAAAGUCCAACAAGCAGCCGACAAGGCUGGCAAGCCUACUGGCCAGUUCUGCGACGACGUUGCGGCGACGUUCCAAGCCAUGUGCGCAAGCGGCGACAUUCGGUACGACCGGUUUGUGCGGACGACGGAGCCGUCGCAUGCCGUCGCCGUGGCGUCCAUGUGGCGGACGUUGGUCGAGAACGACUACAUCUACUUGGGCGAGCACGAAGCGUACUAUUGCAUCUCGGAUGAAACGUUCUUGACCGAGAUGCAAGUGGACACGCGCGACGACGGCCAGAUCGUGUCCAAAGAGUCUGGCCACCCCGUGGAGCUGGUGAAGGAACAAAACUACAAGUUCCGACUGAGCAAACUCCAAGACAAGCUCCUGGCGUGGCUCGACGACCAUCCGGACGUGGUGCAGCCCCCGUCGCGCUACAACGAAGUCCGCGCGACAGUCGAGCGCGGUCUGCGCGAUGUAUCCGUGUCUCGGCUGCGAGAAAAGAUCGCAUGGGCUAUUCCAGUGCCAGAUGACGACAACCACUCCGUAUAUGUGUGGCUGGAUGCAUUGACCAACUACCUCACGUGUUGCAAGUACCCCACCGACAUGGCGCACUUCCAAUCGUGCUGGCCGGCAGCGUACCACAUUGUGGGCAAGGACAUUUUGAAGUUCCAUGCUAUUUACUGGCCGGCGUUCCUCUUGGCAGCCAAGUUGCCGCUGCCGCGCAAGAUCGUCGCGCAUGCCCAUUGGACUGUGAACGGCGUCAAGAUGUCCAAGAGUCUAGGCAACGUCGUAACUCCUGAUGCGAUCAUCGAAAAGUUUGGGUUGGAUGCAGUGCGGUACUAUUUGCUGCGGGAAGGCGUGUUGACCGACGACGGCGACUUCAACGAAGGCAUGCUCAAGGAGCACGUGAACAACGAGCUUGCUGAUACCCUCGGCAACCUCGUGAUCCGAUGCACGACGCUGGCCUUCCUGCCGCAGGGAAACGUCCCCAGUGGCGGCGACUUCUCGCCCGACGACUUGGAAUUGAUCCAUCGCAUCAACGACACUGUGCAGCAAGUCCAGUGCCACUACGAACGCCCCGAUUUUGCCCUUGUGACCAAGACCAUCAUGGGGCUACUAUACGAAGUGAACCGCAACUUCUCCAAACACGAGCCGUGGGUCGUGGCCAAGCAACUGAAAACCCUGGCCAUCGACUCGGAAGAAGCUAAGGUCAAGCGCCAACUCGUGGAUACGACCUUGCUCUUGUCGAUUGAAGCCGUGCGUGUCAGUGGUACGUGGGGCGAUUUCUUCUCUUGAGAUGAAAGCAUGAAGUCGAUGUCUACUGUAGCUCUCCUCUUGCUGCCCGUUGUGCCGUCCAUGUCGACUGGCAUCCUCAACUACUUGAACGUCCCGACCGCCGAACGUUCGUUCGAGUUCUGCCGGUUCGGGCAAUCCACGUUUGGCCCUGUGGCCAACCAAAAGUCCAACGUCAAGUUCGUGCCUUUUCGCAAGCUUGAAUAACGAAUGAUGCCUCGGAGUGCAUACCGACGUACAGCAAUGCAAUAAGCACUCUCAAGUCUACUAUAGCUACGUAGCCAGGAUCUGUUCAAGGAGUAGCGCCAGAGGACUCAACAGUAUCAAAUAACGUCAUUUCCCACGUCCAUCGUCACUACGCGUGCUGUCGAUUCCAAAUGGCCACACGAUUGAUUCCAUCA